ACAACAUCUGUCAUUGUUGUAUAAUCUUAAAAGUAUUGAAAAGAGAAUAGAAAAACGAAAAAAAGAAAGACAGAGCGCAAAGAGAGAAAGAGAAAUUGAUAAUAGAGAGAUAGAGAUAAGAUUUAAAAAAAAAUUGAAUGUAGUAACAUUUUUUUUAUCGAUUUUUUUUAUAGCUUAAACAGAGGACUUUGAACUGUGAGGAGAUUCUAUUGUUUUCUAAAAAAAGAAAUGUUCAUAUUUACUGCAACAAAUCAGGAAAACAAUGAAGAGCAUAGCGAAAGUUACAAGAUCAUUAAUGCCGCUACAAACAGCUACCAAACAAAUAACAAAGAGACGGAAGGCGAACACAUUAAGAAACCACCAAGAUUCAAUAAGAAAUUAAUCAUUUUAGUAAUUCUAUUUCUUAUUAAUUUCAUUAAUUCCCUGUUUAUUUCCUUAUUAUCACCAUUUUUUCCAACGGUGGCGAUUAGUAAAGGGGCUAGUCGAACAGAAAUAGGAAUUAUUCUCGGCAGCUAUCAACUUGUUAUGCUACUUUCGACACCAGUUUUUGGCAAAAUAAUAUCAAAAACUGGUGCAAAAUUUAUGUUUGUCGCGGGAAGCUUUAUAGUUAGCAUUUGUACAGCUUUAUUCGGGUCAGAAUUUCAUAAGUUUUCAUUUAUUUCUUUAUUGGUUCCUCGCUAUAAUCCAUUGAAUAUUUAAAUAUCUCACCUUCCCAUUUACAGAAUACUUGAAUGGAGUCCCAACGGGCCUAUUUAUGUGGUUAUGUGCUGCCUCAGUAGAACAAGCGAAGCUCUUGGAGCGGCAGCAUCCACAACGGCGGGCUGCGCUAUAGCGUCGUUCCUGUUCUUGGACAAUCUUAAUUUUGUUAUGGGCUUAUUACAAGCAGCAAAAGCUUUAGGUCUCAUGAUCGGACCAAUUUUCGGAGGUUUAUUGUACUCUGUCGAUGGUUUUUAUUUACCUUUUGCUGUUACUGCAUCUAUUUACUUUCUGCUGACAAUAGUCGCCUUUUUUCUAUUGCCGUCAAUUGACAGUAAGCAUCAUUCGAACACUAGAUUAUAUUCUGUAAACAUACUUUCAAUUAUUCUACUUAUAGACAAUCAACAGCUAACUAAUAGUAAUAUAUCAAUAAUUCCUCUUCUCAAAAGUCCUACCAUCAUCGUAAUAGGAUGUUUGUUAGCCGUAGCUCAGAUGUUACUGGGUUUUAUAGACGUGUCACUAGCUCCUUACCUCCAACAGUUUCAUUUAAGUCCUGUUCAAGUGGGUGGAAUCUUUUUAAUUGCUCCGGCUACUCUCGCUCUAUCUUCGCCAAUUUACGGAAAAAUCUGUGAUAAACUUGGAAAAGAAAGAUCUGUAUUAAUUGUUGGUAUUUCAAUUAGUUUGAUAGGAUUUCUAUUAAUUGGUCCUUCUAAACUGUUCUUCUUUAUAAGGUGUAAACUUUGGCUGGUAGGCGUCAGCUUUGCUAUUGCAGGAAUUGGAUGGGGAAGUAUUAUAACUACUUAUAAAGAAUUCGUUGAUGUUGCCAAAUCCAAAGAUUAUCCCGAAGGGAUAGAGACAGACGGAAUAAUAUCUGGUUUAUACAACGCCUACAACAAUUUUGGAGCAUUUCUUGGCCCAACAAUAAGCGGGUAUAUUGUUGAUCAACUGGGCUUUCAAUGGUCAUCAACACUAUUUGGGGGAAUAUUCGCUCUAAGCUUGAUUAGUCUCAUUGGUCUUACUGCAGUUGAAAGAUGCUUUCAGAGUAAUAGGAAUUUGGGAAGGAUACCAAUGGUUAUAGAGGAAUAG